CGCCAGAAAAUGCCGAAGAAGAAGAAGAAGCCUCUGAACAGACGUCAUCGAUCGCUCGCACGCGUCAUCGCUGCCAGGCGGCUCAGUCGAGCGGUGACGUCAUCGAGCGAGCGCGUAAAGAUGGCGGAUCCGAGCGCAAAACAAACCGGACAGAAAAGUGUGAAGAUCGCAGCCGGAGCAGUCGUGUGUGUGGAGAGCGACAUCCGAGGAGACGUGACCAUCGGAGCGAGGACCGUGGUUCACCCGAAGGCGCGGAUCAUCGCAGAGGCCGGACCCAUCGUGAUCGGAGAGGGAAACCUGAUCGAGGAGCAGGCCCUGAUCAUCAACAGGUCAGCGCUUUAUUACUCGCGCCGUUCCUCACGAGACGGCCCUCAGCUUCCAAACACAAAUGAACAUAUUCUGAAUAGGUUCGGCAACCGAAAAUAGCAAAAACAGCUCUUU